AUGGCAGCCCAUUUCCACAAAGGACCAAGUUUCGGACUGUCUGCUGAGGUCAAGAGUAAGCUGGCCCAGAAGUAUGACCCCCAGAUGGAGGAGGCCCUGCGGCUAUGGAUCCAGGACGUGACCGGCCGCCGCAUCCCAGACAACUUCAUGGAGGGCCUGAAGGACGGGGUCAUCCUCUGCGAACUGAUCAACAAACUCCAGCCUGGCUCUGUGAAAAAGGUCAAUAAUUCAACCCAGAACUGGCAUCAGUUAGAGAACAUCGGAAAUUUCGUCCGUGCCAUACAGGAGUACGGCUUGAAGCCUCACGACAUCUUUGAGGCCAACGACCUCUUUGAGAAUGUCAAUCAUACUCAGGUUCAGUGCACGCUCAUCGCUUUAGCUGGAGUGGCGAAGACUAAAGGUUUUCAUUCUAAGUAUGAUAUCGGAGUGAAGUACGCUGAGAAACAGCAGAGAAAGUUCGACCCGGACAAGCUGCGGGAGGGACGGAACAUUAUCGGCCUGCAGAUGGGCACCAAUAAAUGCGCCAGUCAGAAAGGCAUGACUUCGUAUGGCACGCGGCGUUUCCUGUACGAUCCCAAGGCGGGCUUGGACAACCCCAUGGACCGAUCCACUAUCAGUCUUCAGAUGGGCUCCAAUAAGGGGGCCAGCCAGGCUGGGAUGACUGCGCCUGGCACCAAGCGGCAGGUCUUUGAGAAGAACCUGGACCUGGAGUCAUGUGACAUGACCACCGUGUCCCUGCAGAUGGGCACCAACAAGGUGGCGUCUCAAAAGGGCAUGACCCCGCUGGGGCUGGCCCGGCAGGUCUACGACAGUAAGUACUGCAUGAACCCGACGGAUCCCACCAUAAAUUCAUCAGGAGGAAGAAAAAAAAAAGAUUCAUCUCACGUGGAUUAUCACAGGAAGAGAUUCGGAGACGCCGCUCACGCCAAAACGAGUGAGCGACCAUACGGACACUGA